GGAAAGAGCCGACCGUUUGGCAGCAGAGCACGGGAGCUCGGUUUCUUCAAUUCGUCGGAGCGCAGGUGUCGCUCGUGGCUCGUGGCUGCGCCUUCGAGAGCUCCUGCUGCUAUGCCGAUUCCGGGUCAAUGACUGACUGCUCUUUGUGGAUGUUGACGAUGUGCUGAUAGUUCCAUUGGCAGUGAGCGCGAUCUGUGCUUUGGUCUCUUCUCCUCUGUCGCGUUUCACCUUACUCUGUCUCCCGUGUUUCAUGCAGGGAAUUAUCUUGCGCGUCUUGAUUUUAAUUUUGACUUUGAUUUUGCUGAUUGCUUCCCCUCAGAUCUUCUUCGUUCAAUUUUCUUUUAGAUACCAAAUUGCAACGAUGUAUCGUGCAAUGUGAUUACAGACUCCCAAGACGCUGGCGAGCUUACGCUUCUGGGGCUUACGCCACUUCUCUUGAUUCCUGGUCGCAGCUCAUGCACGAAAUCUGCACAUUUCCCAGUAGUUCCGAGUUAUUUUCCCGCUUUCGAUGUUUCUGUAGGAUCAGGGGCUUCAGCGUUUAUUUCUAACUGAGUGGAUUGAGGGUCGUGCGUAUUUUCAGUACGUCUGAACAAAAUCUGCUUCCGGAAAUCUGAGAAAAGUACAUAAAAUCUACCUGAGUCAUUACCCUCUGUUAGAUCAAGGCCCCUGCACAAGAUUUCUUGCAAAUAGUCCCAAACUUGACGGAGAAUUUUAUAUUCUUGUUCAGUGGCAUGUUUCUAUUCGCUUCUAGUGGUCUUGCCAGCGUCUGAUAAUCUCGGAAUUCACGUGCUUCUUGAUUCAAGGGGUUUUUCAUUUACCGAUCUCAUCCGAGGGGAGGAGCUUAUGUAUUCCCCAACCUCUGAAACAGUUUGGCUCGUCACAUUACUGUGAAGACGGCGAGGGACGACGAGACUGAACUAUUGUUGUUAUUUAGUGUUUCACUUGGCUGCGUAAUUUUGAACAGCGAACGCGGUUUCUUUGAUAUUUUCUGAGCACAUAAAAUCUUGGGUUUCUGUCGCAGUUGUUUUUUGACUGUCUGCCACAAUAUUUAACUUUUUCAGUAUCUGGAGUAACUUGGUUUGAUAGUGAAAAUCUUUAGCACAUGACAUCUGCGUCACAUUCCUCUGACGGCAUCACUCACAUUCGCGAUUGAUACUCACUCCGUAGGUUGUGCUGGACGUUGCUGGCGGUUUAUCGUCUCGCAUACGCAUGAUAUUCUCUUCGUAUUGCUGUGCACCAUGAUUAUUGCUAUCGAUAUCCACAUCGCUUUCAUUAUCAUCUCGCGUCGUGCCUCGAUAUCGUCAAAUUUGCCGAAAUAUUGAUAAACUUUAAUUUGCGACUAUGUGUUCGUUUUAGUAAGUGUUUCAUCGCUACAAUCUGAGCUUGAUGAAUGGUUCAACAGCUCAGUCAGUGCUGUUUCAGGAAUUUAUAGAACCGCAACCCUGUUAUAUCAUACUCUGACUUCCAGCCGCAAGUAACGGUACUAAUUUACUGCAUUCUGUUGAGUAGGAGUUGGUUGCUUGUACUGCUGUUAUAUUUGUUCUGAGCAGGAGGGAUCCACAGGAGGCAGGUACCCUACAUUAGACCAUGGCGACCAAGUACGAGAAGAUGCUGAUGAAAUCUCCUUUGACGAUUACUCCGCCGCCUAGGAGACUCGGGCUCUUUACGGAGCGUCACGAGAUGGCGGACUCCCCGUUUUCUCCAAAUCUGCCAUCGUCUGCUGGUUGUAGAACGCCACGUCGGGAAACGCAGGGAGACAGGUUUAUUCCCAGCAGAAGUGCGAUGGAUUUGGAUGUGGCUUAUUUUAACCUAAAACGGGAAGCCAAAGAAAAUUCAAAUGCGAAUGUGGAGGUUGCUUCUCCUAUGAAGGAAGAGUACAGAAGGAAAUUGGCAGAAAAACUUUUUCCAGAUAGCGGAGCACUGCAGAGUCCUAAGAUUCUUGCUUUCAAGAGAAAACCACCACCUUCACUUCAGGUGAAGGAACAAACAGCGCUGGAAUUUCUACCGACGGACGCCAGGGUUUCGUCCCCUUCGAAGUUCCUAUACAGACAUAUACCGCCGGCCCCAGAGAGAGUCUUGGAUGCUCCAGAAUUGGUGGAUGACUAUUACUUGAAUUUGCUGGAUUGGAGCUGCAAAAACGUCGUUGCAGUGGCGUUGGGAACUACCGUUUAUCUGUGGCAUGCUGACACGGGUGCAAUUCAUCAGCUCAUGAGUACCUCAGUAGUAGAUGACUAUAUCACUAGCGUUGCCUGGGCGCCAGAUGGGAAUCACAUAGCAUUGGGCUUCAACAGCACGGAGAUUCAACUUUGGGACGCAACCCAUCUUACUCAGAUGCGACGGUUGAAAGGGCAUUCAGCCCGUGUAGGAAGUCUUGCCUGGAACAAUACAACACUUUCGUCCGGUGGCCGUGACAGCAAAAUCAUCAAUCAUGAUGUGCGCAUCAGAGACCAUAUGACAUCACAACUGUCGGGCCAUAAUCAAGAGGUGUGUGGUUUGAAGUGGUCACUAUCUGGGCAACAGCUGGCUAGCGGAGGUAAUGACAACCUUCUUCACGUUUGGGAUGCGGCCGCCAUUUCAUCGCAGGCAACAACGCAUUAUCUCCAUAGAUUUGACGCGCAUCAGGCUGCGGUGAAAGCGCUCGCAUGGUGCCCUUUUCAAUCAAACUUACUGGCCUCAGGAGGAGGCACAGCUGAUCGCUGUAUCAAAUUCUGGAAUACUCAAACGGGGGCCUGCAUCAACAGUAUCGAUACGCAUUCGCAGGUCUGCGCACUUCAGUGGAGUCAACACCAGAAAGAGAUUCUGAGUAGCCAUGGAUUCAGUCAGUAUCAACUGUGCGUUUGGAAAUAUCCUUCCAUGGUGAAAAUGGCCGAGCUUACUGGUCAUACUGCCCGUGUCCUCCAUUUGGCUCAGAGCCCUGAUGGUACAACUGUGGUGUCGGCUGCCGCGGACGAAACACUGCGCUUUUGGAAGGUCUUCGGCACUCCUCCAUCGAGCAAGAAGACGUCUGGUGGUUUAGCUCUGCGGAGUAUUAACAUACGGUAGAUUAUAGCAGAAAUAAUUCGGAGCGACAUUGAAUCACGAAAUACUCAAAGAAGUUUGAGAGAUAAGGGUUUCAUUGUUGCCGAUGUCAUGUAAGCUGCCAAAGAAGGCAUCGGAGAAAAUUCGUUACGGAAACCGUGCUGAAACGUACAGAAUGAGUUUGAAGAAAUCCUUUGUACGAGCUGUGAGCCCAAAAUUCUGAAGUUUGAGGCCUGACGGAAUCAUACUGUAUUUUAUCUCUUGGGAACUGUUUCUAUCAUACAUCACUGGGUUUAGGAUUGCCAUUAAGCAGCCCCUUGAGACCCAAUAUACUCCCUUCAAAUGAUUACUUUGCCUCUUCCCGGGCUCCUCGAAGAUUACUGUCAUCAGUGAUGAUGGACACUUGAGUCAAACAGAUCCAAUUUUCUAUUGUCGGAUAUUUUUUACAUUUUAUAUUACUCAAAGCGGAGA